CUUUUGCGCCACCAGUACCAAUACACCCAUUUCCCCCCACCGGGACUGAGCGUGGGGAGGGAGCUCCGGGACUUCGGUGCGCACACACACACAUAAACACACCCUCCGUGACCACAGCAACAUCUGCGCGCAGACGGAGCGGACAGAGAGGCGGAGGACGCACACACGGACGACUGAAGAUCACAGGCUCCAGCACACAGACGAGCUAGAAAGUGAGAAAGGGAAGACUGAGAAGACUCCACCCAGGGCGAAGGAAAAAAAGAGAAGCCAGCGAACCAGGAGACAGCCGAGACCAUAAAAAUGAGUGGUUCCCACCCCCGGCUCCACCAGAGCGCCGCGCCCGCUCCAAACGCUCUCUCCGCGGACAAGGACGCAGAAAUGCCCGCUACAGAGAAAGACCUGGCCGAGGAUGCGCCGUGGAAGAAGAUACAGCAGAACACCUUCACCCGCUGGUGUAACGAACACCUGAAAUGCGUCAACAAGAGGAUCGGCAACCUGCAGACGGAUCUCAGCGACGGGCUGCGGCUCAUCGGGCUCCUGGAGGUCCUGUCUCAGAAGAAAAUGUUCCGAAAGUACAACCAGAGGCCCACCUUUCGCCAGAUGCAGCUGGAGAACGUGUCGGUGGCUCUGGAGUUCCUGGACAAGGAAAACAUCAAGCUGGUGUCCAUAGACUCUAAAGCCAUUGUUGAUGGAAACCUGAAGCUGAUCCUGGGUCUGAUUUGGACCUUGAUCCUGCACUACUCCAUCUCCAUGCCCAUGUGGGAUGAAGAGGAAGAGGCAGAUGAUGGCAAGCAGAAGACCCCCAAGCAGAGGCUGCUGGGAUGGAUCCAGAACAAGCUGCCUGAGCUCCCCAUCACCAACUUCAACAGGGACUGGCAGACCGGCCGGGCCCUGGGAGCCCUGGUUGACAGCUGUGCUCCAGGUCUGUGUCCUGACUGGGACCAGUGGGAUCAGACAAAACCAGUGGACAACGCGCGUGAAGCUAUGCAGCAAGCUGAUGACUGGCUCGGCAUUCCACAGGUGAUAACCCCUGAAGAGAUCGUCGACCCCAAUGUGGACGAGCACUCAGUCAUGACCUACCUGUCACAGUUCCCCAAAGCCAAGCUCAAGCCCGGAGCACCUCUGCGACCCAAACUCAACCCCAAGAAGGCCCGUGCCUAUGGCCCAGGCGUCGAGCCCGUUGGUAAUGUAGUGAUGAAAAAGGCUACGUUCACCGUGGAAACCAUCAGCGCGGGAAUGGGAGAGGUGCUGGUUUACGUGGAGGACCCUGCAGGCCACAGAGAGGAGGCCAAAGUGACGGCCAACAAUGACAAGAACCGUACCUACUCUGUCGUCUACGUCCCCAAAGUGACAGGCAUGCACAAGGUGACUGUGCUGUUUGCAGGGCAGCACAUCUCUAAGAGCCCCUUCGAGGUGGAGGUCGGCAUGGCUCAGGGAGACUCCAGCAAGGCCACAGCACAGGGACCGGGCCUCGAGCCCUCAGGAAAUAUUGCUAACAAGUCCACUUACUUUGAUGUGUACACAGCAGGUGCUGGUGUUGGAGAGGUGGAAGUGGUGAUCAUGGACCCUGCAGGGAAGAAGAACACGGUGACGUGCACCAUUGAGGACAAGGGUAACAGCAGCUACCGCUGCACCUACAAACCCACCCAGGAGGGCCAGCACACCAUUUACGUGACCUUUGCUGGUGGUCCAAUCAGCAAGAGUCCUUUCACAGUGAAUGUGGGAGAGGCAUGUAACCCCAGCCUCUGCAGAGCCAAGGGUCGUGGUCUGCAGCCAAAGGGCCUCCGGGUGAAGGAGACUGCAGACUUCAAGGUUUACACAAAAGGAGCCGGCACUGGGGAGCUGAAAGUCACCAUCAAGGGCCCCAAGGGUCUGGAGGAGCCGUGUAAACGGAAAGACCUUGGAGACGGCGUGUAUGGAUUUGAGUAUUACCCCACCACACCUGGAACAUAUUCCAUCACCAUCACCUGGGGAGGACAGCACAUUCCACGCAGUCCCAUGGAGGUGAAGAUUGGCACUGAGGCUGGCCAGCAGAAGGUGAGGGCCUGGGGUCCUGGACUGGAAGGAGGUGUUGUUGGUAAAUCUGCUGACUUUGUGGUGGAGGCUGUUGGAGACAAUGUCGGUACACUGGGUUUCUCUGUGGAAGGUCCGUCUCAGGCCAAGAUCGAGUGUGAUGACAAGGGUGAUGGAUCGUGUGACGUGCGCUACUGGCCCACAGAGCCUGGCGAGUAUGCCGUCCAUGUGCUCUGCAACAACGAGGACAUCCAGCACUCUCCCUUUAUGGCUGAGAUCGUCAACCCACCAGGGAAAGACUUUUACCCAGACAAGGUUAAGGCGUACGGCCCAGGCCUACAGAGCAGUGGACUGGCUGUUGGAAAACCCACCGAAUUCACAGUUGAUGCCAAGCAAGGAGGAAAAGCGCCUCUGAAAAUUGUAGCUCAGGAUGGUGAAGGCAAUUCUGUGGACGUCCAGGUGAAGGAUAAUGGCAACGGCACGUACAGCUGCACCUACACCCCACGAAAACCUGUGAAGCACACUGUGAUGGUGUCCUGGGGAGACGUUAACAUCCCUGAGAGUCCGUUCAGGAUGAAUAUCGGAGCAGGCUGUCAUCCAAACAAGGUGAAGGUUUCUGGGCCUGGAGUUGCAAAGACGGGCCUCAAGGCCUUCGAGCCAACAUACUUCACUGUUGACUGCUCAGAGGCUGGUCAAGGUGACAUCAGCAUAGGCAUCAAGUGUGCCCCGGGAGUGGUGGGACCUGCAGAGGCUGACAUCGACUUUGACAUCAUCAGGAACGACAACGAUACAUUCACCGUCAAAUAUACUCCCCCUGGAGCAGGCAGCUACACCAUCAUGGUGCUGUUUGCUGACCAGGCUAUUCCAAUGACGCCCUUCAGGGUCAAAGUGGAUCCUUCUCAUGAUGCCAGCAAAGUCAAGGCGGAGGGACCAGGACUGAGCCGCAGUGGCGUGGAGCUGAACAAGCCCACUCAUUUCACCGUCAGCACUAAAGGAGCAGGAAAGGCAAACCUGGACUGCAGCUUCAGCGGCCCCACCAAAGGAGAGGCUGUGAAAGACUUUGAAAUCAUCAACAACCACGACAACACACACACUGUUAAAUACACACCUGUGCAACAGGGUCCACUGGGAGUUGCUGUGACCUACGGUGGAGAUCACAUUCCCAAGAGCCCUUUCAACGUCGGCGUGGCGCCCACACUGGACCUCAGCAAGGUCAACGUGACCGGCCUGGGAGACAAGAUGACUGUCGGCAAAGAUCAGGAAGUGACUGUCAAGUCAAAGGGUGCUGGGGGUCAGGGCAAGGUUGCUGCCAAAGUGACUGGACCAGGAGGGAAACCAGUGUCCAGCAAAGUGGAGCCUGGGCUGAGCCCAGAGACUAGUCAGGUGAAAUUCAUCCCCCGGGAAGCAGGACCAUACCAGGUUGAACUGACUUAUGAUGGAGUGCCCAUCCCUGGCUCCCCCUUCACCCCCACAGCUUACCCUGCAACAGACCCCUCCAAGGUACGUUGCUCAGGCCCAGGUUUGGAGCGCGCCAAGGUCGGCGAGACGGGGGAGUUCAUUGUGGACUGUACCAAUGCCGGCCCUGCUGAGCUGACUAUUGAGAUCAUAUCGGACAGCGGCACCGAGGCCGAGGUUCACAUCCAAGACAACGGAGAUGGAACCUACACGAUUACCUACAUCCCUCUGUACCCCGGCUCGUACACGCUCACCAUCCGCUAUGGUGGCCAGGAUGUGCCCAACUUCCCUGCUCGGCUCAACGUGGAGCCUGCCGUUGAUGCCAGCGGUAUUCUGGUGUUCGGACCAGGAGUGGAAGGCAAAGGAGUCUUCCGUGAGGCCACUACAGACUUCACUGUGGAUGCUCGCGCUCUCACACAGACUGGAGGCGACCACAUCAAAACCCACAUCAGCAACCCCUCUGGGAGCCGCACGGAUGCCCUGAUCACGGACCGUCGGGAUGGAACCUACAAUGUGGAGUACACUCCCUACGAGGAGGGCCCACACACUGUGGAAGUUUGCUAUGAUGGCUCUCCGGUACCAAAGAGCCCGUUCCGUGUUGCUGUGACUGAAGGCUGCGACCCGGCUCGUGUUCGUGUGCACGGCCCUGGUCUGAAAGGUGGCACCACCAACAAGCCCAACAAGUUCACCGUGGAAACCAGAGGAGCAGGUACUGGUGGCCUGGGUCUAGCUAUGGAAGGUCCAUCGGAGGCCAAAAUGUCCUGCACUGACAACAAGGAUGGCAGCUGCAGUGUGGAGUACAUCCCAUACGAGCCUGGCACGUACAACCUAAACAUCACCUACGGAGGACAGCCCAUCACAGGAAGUCCGUUCUCUGUGCCCGUCAGCGACACAGUGGACAGUACCAAGGUGAAGUGCCAGGGUCCCGGCCUCGGCAACAAUGUCAGAGCCAACAUUCCUCAGGCGUUCACAGUGGAUGCCUCCAAAGCUGGAGUUGCCCCGCUGCAGGUCCGAGUACAAGGGCCCAAAGGUGUGGUGGAGCCGGUGGAGGUGGUGGAUAACGGGGACCAGACUCACACAGUCAACUAUGUUCCUACUCGAGAGGGACCCUAUUCCAUCAAUGUGUUGUAUGCUGAUGAGGAGAUCCCACGCAGCCCGUACAAGGUGAAGGUGCUGCCCACCCAUGAUGCCAGCAAGGUGCGUGCAAGCGGACCCGGCCUUAACACCACCGGAGUGCCCGCCUCUCUGCCGGUGGAGUUCACCAUUGAUGCCAAAGAUGCAGGCGAGGGACUGCUGGCAGUGCAGAUCACUGACCCAGAGGGGAAGCCCAAGAAGGCAAAUAUCCGUGACAACCAUGAUGGGACCUACCUGGUGUCUUAUGUGCCAGACAUGACUGGCAGAUACACCAUUCUCAUUAAGUACGGAGGAGACGAGAUCCCUUAUUCACCCUACCGAAUCAGGGCUCUGCCCACCGGAGAUGCCAGCAAGUGCACCGUCACAGUCUCAAUCGGCGGUCACGGUUUAGGUGCCGGUGUUGGCCCAACUAUCCAGAUUGGCGAACAGACGGUUAUCACGGUGGACGCCAAGGCUGCCGGAAAAGGCAAGGUGACGUGCAGCGUCUGCACGCCAGAGGGGGCGGAGCUCGACGUGGACGUGGUUGAAAAUGAGGACGGCACAUUCGACAUCUUCUACACGGCGCCACAGCCUGGCGAGUAUGUGAUCUGCGUCCGCUUUGGAGGGGAGCACAUCCCUAACAGUCCGUUCCAAGUCACGGCACUGGAAGGAGCUCCAUCAGACCAGCUCAUGCAACAGAGCCAAAUGCCCCAGUACUACACUCAACAGCCCUGGGCAACAGACCGACCAAUGGGGAUGAACGGGCUGGAUGUGGCAAGUCUGAGACCGUUUGACCUGGUGAUUCCAUUCACCAUCCAGAAAGGAGAGAUCACAGGUGAGGUCCGAAUGCCAUCGGGUAAAGUUGCUAAGCCUGACAUCACCGACAACAAAGAUGGCACGGUUACUGUCAAGUACGCUCCCACAGAGGCCGGGCUGCACGAGAUGGACAUCAAAUACGACGGCAUCCACAUCCCUGGAAGUCCCUUGCAGUUCUACGUGGAUUACAUGAACAGUGGUAAUGUCAGUGCCUAUGGGCCUGGCCUUAUCCACGGGACUGUCAACAAGCCAGCUGUCUUUACCGUUAACACCAAAGAUGCUGGAGAAGGGGGUUUGUCUCUGGCCAUCGAGGGUCCGUCCAAGGCUGACAUCAGCUGUGUGGACAACCAGGACGGAACCUGCACCGUGUCUUACCUGCCAGUGCUGCCGGGAGACUACAGCAUCCUUGUUAAAUACAAUGACAAGCACAUCCCAGGCAGCCCCUUCUCUGCUAGGAUUACUGGUGACGAUUCCAUGAGGAUGUCCCAUCUGAAGGUGGGCUCGGCUGCAGAUAUUCCACUGGACAUCGGAGAGCUCGACCUCAGCCAGCUGACAGCCUCUCUUACAACACCCUCAGGGCGAGAGGAGCCCUGCCUGCUGAAGAUGCUGCGUAACGGUCACGUUGGAAUCUCCUUUGUUCCCAAGGAGAUUGGCGAGCACCUUGUUAACAUCAAGAAGAACGGUCGUCAUAUUCCCAGCAGCCCAAUUUCUGUAAUGAUCAAGCAGUCAGAGAUUGGUGACGCGAGCCGUGUGCGUGUGAGUGGACAGGGGCUGAGCGAGGCCAGGACCUUUGAGCCUGCAGAGUUCAUCAUCGACACUCGUGAUGCAGGCUACGGUGGCCUGAGCCUCUCCAUUGAAGGCCCCAGCAAAGUGGACAUUAACACUGAGGACCAGGAGGAUGGCACCUGCAAGGUCACCUACUGCCCCACUGAACCAGGAAAUUACAUCAUCAACAUCAAGUUUGCUGACCAACAUGUGCCAGGAAGUGCUUUCACAGUGAAGGUAACAGGGGAGGGCAGAAUGAAGGAGAGCAUCACCAGGAAGAAGAGGGCAGCAUCGGUUGCAAACGUUGGCAGCCAGUGUGACCUGAGCCUGAAGAUCCCAGAGAUCAGCAUAGCGGACAUGACCGCUCAGGUGACCAGCCCCUCUGGCCAGGUUCACAAGGCUGACAUCAUGGAGGGAGAGAAUAACACCUACUGCAUUCGUUUUGUGCCCACUGAGACCGGUGUGCAUACAGUGUGUGUGAAAUACAACGGCGUGCAUGUGCCUGGGAGCCCCUUCCAAUUCACUGUCGGCCCCCUGGGUGAGGGCGGCGCUCACAAGGUGCGUGCUGGAGGGCCAGGCCUGGAGAGAGCGGAGGCUGGAGUACCAGCUGAGUUCAGCAUCUGGACGCGGGAGGCUGGGGCCGGAGGGCUCAGUAUUGCUGUGGAAGGGCCGAGCAAGGCCGAAAUCGCCUUUGAGGACCGCAAGGACGGCUCCAGUGGGGUUUCCUACAUCGUGCAGGAGCCUGGUGACUACGAGGUGUCGAUCCGCUUCAACGACGAGCACAUCCCCGACAGCCCCUUCAUCGUCCCCGUGGCUUCGCCGUCAGACGAUGCCCGCCGGCUCACUGUUGCCAGUCUUCAGGAAUCGGGUCUGAAGGUGAACCAACCGGCGUCAUUCGCUGUCAGCCUUAACGGAGCAAAGGGUGCGAUUGAUGCCAAGGUCCACAGCCCGUCAGGAGCGCUGGAGGAGUGCUGCGUCACUGAGAUUGACCAAGAUAAAUAUGCAGUCAGGUUCAUCCCCAGAGAGAAUGGUCUCUAUCUGAUUGAUGUGAAGUUCAACGGAAGUCACAUCCCUGGUAGUCCGUUCAAGAUUCGAGUCGGAGAGACCGGCCAGGCCGGAGACCCUGGGAUGGUGUCUGCAUACGGACCAGGACUGGAGGGAGGCACCACAGGAACAUCAUGUGAAUUUGUGGUGAACACGAGCAACGCAGGGCCCGGGGCUUUAGCGGUCACCAUCGACGGGCCUUCCAAGGUGAAGAUGGACUGCGUGGAGUGUCCCGAGGGUUACAGGGUCACGUACACCCCGAUGGCACCUGGUAACUAUCUCAUCUCCAUUAAGUACGGCGGUCCUUACCACAUUGUGGGAAGCCCCUUCAAGGCCAAGAUCACCGGUUCCAAGCUUGUGUCCAGCCACAGUAUGCAUGAAACCUCCUCUGUUACUGUAGACCCUGUGACCCGUGCCAUCAGCUGUUCUCAGCAGGGUGCUCCUAUCCAAUCCGAUGCCAGCAAGGUCGUGGCUAAGGGCCCGGGCCUGACAAAGGGCUUCAUUGGUCAGAAGAACAACUUCAGCGUUGACUGCAGCAAAGCAGGUCGUAACAUGCUCUUGGUUGGCGUGGACGGUCCUAAGGUCCCAUGCGAGGAGAUCCUUGUGAAACAUCUGGGCAACCGCAUGUACAACGUGAGCUACCAGCUCAAGGAAAAGGGAGAGUACAUCCUGGUGGUGAAGUGGGGCGACGAGCACAUCCCCGGCAGCCCCUACCACAUCACAGUUUAAAAAAAUAAAAAGCAAAAAUCCAGCUCUGCAGAUUAGAAUUAUACCACUGUUUAAAACGACUUUCUCCUGUUUAAGCCAUCAUUGUUUACAGCUCCACGUCCCUCCCAUGUUACCAAUGACUUCAUCAGUGUUCCCCUCAGCCAGAUUCCAGGAUUGGAUAUUUUAAAAUUCCAUUCAAAGUUCAGUGCAUUCAAUAUUCCUUUAUCUACAGUCAUUUGCUUCAUUCUUCUGCUAAACACAUUCAGUAAACUUGGGGACGAGAACGACGCACCUUUUCAUUAUUACUGUAAGCUAGCAGUCAGUCGUGCCUUAGGCGGUUUUCCAUUUUUCAGUGGAUUUAUGAGAAGCUAGUGUAGCGCCAGUAGAGUCUGGCCCCCUGCUUUGGAUGGAAGUUACUGUUUACACUGGAGGAGCUACUCUGACACACAGUAAAUGAUGGAUUCACUCUGAUAUGAGCUUCUAUGAGAACACACACGCAUGUCUGUUCAUUACACCAGAGUGUUCAUGAUGCUCUGUUACUAACCCAGCUGUUUUACCUGCUGCUAGUGUGAUCCAGGUUUAGCCACUGCUGUUCUUAGUAGGGAAGACGCAUUUCACAGUAGCUUGCUCGUCAUCCCGACACCGCUGCCUGGAAAUGCCACUUCCUCGGUUUUGUUUGUUUGUGGAAAGCGUGGCACCAGUACUGACCUUCCAUGUCCAUUAGGUUGUAAGAACUCGGAUAAAGAGCCCGAUUCCCCGGCAUGAAACGUGAGUGUGCAGUGGCUCACUGCCUCGUAUGUUAAAAAGGGAAGUUUCCAAAGUUGUGCUUAACAGAAGGGCUGACGACGAUGAUGAUGGUGUGGUUCAUCGCGUCAGAGGGAGUGGACAGGUGUUUGUUUUUGCUCAGUGUUUUAGAUCUCACCCGUUUCCCUCCCUUUGUCCUUCCAGCUCCGCUCUGUGCCUAAUCUGUUUCUGAACAAAAAAAAAGAAUCUUGUCCAAAAUAAAAAGGCUUUAAAAAUGAUUGUAAGACAGUAUUUUGAUACACAAUAAAGUUGUCUAAGUAUUUUUCUGUCA